AUGGCAAUCCAACCAUUACAAGAUGGUUCAGAUAGAUCCAUAGAUGCUAGAUCGAUAGUCACUCUUAUAGUAUUCUUCAUCGUCAAUGCCCUCGUGAUUUACCCUAUCCGAAUCCCAUUCCCCCUCUUAUUCUCUAGGGGAUGCGACAAUCUGCAAAAACGCAUAUCAUUCGAAAUCCCUUGUGAGAGGGAGGAGCGCCCUCCAUCCUCAACGGCAUCUUCGACGCCAAGAAACAGUGUAUCUGAAGGCGAAGGGAAACCAGCUCAACCACCAUGUGCAAGACGAUGUCAAUGUAAAAGACUUUAUUUCCCCUUGGAUCUACGUACCGUACCGGUCAUAGGUGUAUUGUUACUUCUCGCAUCGACAUGUAUACCCCCUGAAGUGGUUAGAAGAGGCAUAGUAGGUAGUGGCGGUAUCAAACCUUAUGAUGUAAUGACGCUUUUCUUUUGUUUUGCAUACAUCUCGAUCUCCCUAGACUGCACAGGUCUCCUACGCUACCUCGCGUUCCUUAUCGCAUCCAAAUCAACGGCCCACGGAGGCGGUACUACCCUCUACAAUUCUUUCUAUCUAUUCUUCAGUAUUAUCGGUUUAUUCUUCGGUAACGACCCAUUGGUAUUGAGCGGUACACCCUUUUUAGCUUAUUUCACUCAACAUUCAUCAAUUGAUCCACCCACUGCUUUUCUAUUCACCCACUUCCAAAUAUGCAACUUGGUCUCGGCUUUCCUGGUCUCUUCAAACAUCACCAACCUCGUUCUCACCUCGGCAUUUGGAAUUUCGUUCCUGUCAUACUCUGCCUGGUUGGCUUUGCCCACUGUCGCAUCUGCGAUUGUUUUAUUUCCAUUGUUACGAUGGAUCAUAUUCCGAAAGAAAGGUUUGAUACCCCAUACGAUCUAUCCACCCGAAAUCAGCCCUCGAUCUGCGCUUGUCGAUCCGUUCGGGGCGAUGUUCAACGCGACAAUCUUCAUCAUUACUGUAGUAGUUUUGGUAGGACUCAGUGCGGGGCAUUUGCUGGAGGGGAUUGAGGGUGUUUGGACUGUUACGGUACCUGCUGCAGGGUUGGUGUUUAUCAGGGACACGGUGAAGGAUAGAAUGAACGCGAAGGAAACGAAAAGUGCAAGAGCGAUGGAGAAGACGACGCCAGAGCCUAAUGAGAAGAAUGCAGAAGCUUCGAUUGCUCCCGUACAAGGAGCUAACACAGAUACUUCAAGUCAACCUGCGAACAAUAGUCAAACUGUCCAGACAUCCCCACCUCAAGACAACAACCGAAAGUAUAGAAACGUCACAUCUUUCAAACCCUUAUCGCCAUUCACGGAUAAUUUCCCCAACACAUCUCUAGUGAUAUCGAGAUUACCUCUCACACUCUUACCGUUCACAUUCUCGUUCUUCAUUUUAGUCGAGGGGUUACAGCAUACAGGUUGGAUAAGGAUCUUUGGUAAUUGGUGGGGGGCAUGGGAAGCAGUUGGUGGUGUGGCUGGAAGUGUAUGGUUGAUGGGUGUUUUAAGUGUUAUCGGAUGUAAUAUUUUCGGUACGAACAUUGGAGCUACGAUCUUACUGGCUCGUGUGCUCCAAUAUUGGGGUACGACCUAUCAAAACGUAUCGAAUCGAUCAUUGUACGGAGCGAUAUUCGCUUUGGCAGUAGGUAGUAAUUUCGGUGCAUAUUCAUUCGUCUUCUCGGCGUCCUUAGCUGGCUUGUUAUGGCGGUCCAUCCUCGCGCAAAAAGGUAUAUCAGUGACUUACAGACAGUUUAUGAGGUGGAAUACCAUCCCUGUGGUAGUUACGAUGAUUGUAGGUUGUUUGGUCGUUGCUGGCGAAGUAUGCGUGAUGUACAAGACCUAG